AUGAACAACACAUCUGUUGACAUCAUACCCCCUGAUAGAGAAAACUUUUCACAGCACCAGCGUAAUACAUCGUUAUCCCAACCCGCAGUAACUAAUUCCUCUGAAUAUCAACAAAAGCAUCCUACAACUGCACAAUUACAAAUUCAGUCCAAUCAAUCUGCUCAGGGAUCAUCAUCUACUACAACUCCUAAUUUUAGACCUCGUCAUGGCCAGCAUUCCUCGUUAUCAUCAAUCCCUUCUUCCCAUUAUUCUCCUACCCGCAAUGCAUUAUCAUCGCAAUCAGUUUUUCAUUCGCCUUCCAGAAAUUCCUGGCAAGGAGCUAGCCCAAGUCCAUACUUUCCGCCUCCUCAAAACGCAUAUACUUCCAAUAACAGCCCUGCCUCUCCUUCAACAUCUGUACAUCAAAUUAUUCAAUUCCAUCAUUGGCAACCUAAUCAACAAAAAUCUACAACCUCCCCUAAAAAGGACGGUUCUAUUAACGUAUUAGCUGAAGAACCUUCUUCUAUUAAAAGACGAAAAUCUGUUACUGUUUCUAGCGAUAGAACAAUUUCACCAAGUCCAACAAAAUCUAUUAGUACAACCACCCCUUCAGCUUCAGGUGCAAUGGUAUCUGCUUCCGCAUACUCCAGAAGACGAGGAAUGCAUUCACGUAAUAAAUCUGAAACAUCAGUUUUACGAGGAGACUCUCUUUCGCGAAUGUCAUUAUAUUCGAGCCCCAGUGCUAGUGCUUCUUCUGUCUCUAUUUCUUCAUUAUCUCGGAAAGUAGCUGAAGAGGAAAAUGGUGAUACUUCUCAAUCAUCCAGCUUAACUCAAGGCACGAAUCAGCAACCGCAAUCCCAAAACUCACAAGUUAUUGGACCUCACUCUUCUUCUUUGCAUCCUGCUAAAUCGGAUUUGUACAGCCAUAUCACUUCUGAAAGUUCUAAGGCUUUAAUUAAUGCUACCGGUACUAGAUCCCCCAUUAAAACAAACUCUAAUGUCGAUGACCCCCAAAAGGAGUUUACCAAAGAGGAUUCUAGAACAUCAUUAGAAACUUCGGUAACCUCUCCAAUUUUAGUCGCACCUAGACCCAGACUGGCAGGCAAAGGAGUAUCAGGAAUCUCAUCCGAUUCCAUUGGUUUAAAAUCAAGUUCUUCUGUUAACAGUGAAGAAUUUAUCUCUUCAAAUGCUAAUUUUAGAUCUUAUAGUACACAUUCCGAGUUCGUUUCUACCCCUGUUUCAAAGAAUAGCUCUAGAAUUUCUAACGCUUCUGGCUUUAAUUUUCUUGCCUCUGUAGCUGCAGAUUCACAGCGGUUAGAGCCUUUAUCACAAAAAUCGGAACAGAAACUCCUUCCUAGAUUUCAAGAACCCCAUGAUGGUAUAAAAGGAAGCUCUCUUUUAAACAGAUUAUCUAAGGAUGAACUGAACUCGGAGUUUACUUAUCCCGUUAGAAAGGCUGAAAAAUCUCCCGUUCCUUCAAAGAAAUCGUUCUCGACGUCUACUAACUCACAAGUUGAUAAUCUGCAGUCUACCUUAAAAAAUUCACAAGAUAAUAAAAAAGAAAAUGAUAUCUCCUCGGUCGAUGAGCCUAAAGAUAAUAAUGGCACUUCCAUGACCUACAAAGAAUCUAAAGAGCCUAAACCGUUAAUAUCGACUGGAGAAGAAAAUUCUGAUGAUAAAAGUGAUGACGGCGAAGAAUUAUCAAAGUCAAAACAGUCUAAAAAGCAUGGUGUUGGAUUUAUAAUUGAUGAUUAA